GUAGUUCUCUUCUAUUCAGAACCAAUCCUUCUUAAAGAUAUUAACGCAACUCGUCCGUUUGUAUUUUGCUCUUACUUGACCAAAAUGGCCGAUUCCAAACAAACCCCGGUUAAAAUAAUCGGAUGGAUCUUGCCAAGAACCAUCUCCACGGCUCUAUGCAAGUGCUUGAGUGGCAUCGACGGAAUGGAAAUAUGGUUUGAACGGUUUUCACGGGCGUACAGUGUGAAGAAGGAGUACGAGAAACAGACGGGUGAAAAAAUGCCCCUGGAAUAUGAGGGUAAUGAAGACAAGGUACGGGAAGCUAUCAAGUUGUUCGGCCGUCUCAGUGGAAUGGACUUAGUCCCAGAACGAGUGGUAUACGGAAACGUGAAGAAAGACAUUGAACGGUCAAGUAGCAAGUUCAUAUUUGCCAAAGAAGGGUAUUUCGUUUUCGAAGACAAGGCAACUCGACCAUACCUACCUUCUGGUUUCAAACACGUAUUCUUCAUUCGGGAUCCUUACAGAUUAUUUACUUCCUACAGAAAAGCCAUGUACAAACACCUUGCAACCGUUGGUAUCCGGACGGGGGAUCCAGACGAUGAAGAAGCAUUCGACAUCGAAUACGACGACCCGAUCGCGAAGGCUAACGAGUUCUACAGCGCAACCUUAGAUUUCUUUAAAUACGUUCGUGAAAAUCUGGACCCAGACCCAAUCGUCAUCAACGCAAACGAUUUGUUGGCCGACCCUGCUAAGGUGAUGAAGAAGUUCUGUCACCUGACUGGUCUUCCUUACAGUGAUUCCCUACUGCAUUGGGAUGCCUCUCCGGACAUCACCAAGACCUGGAAGACAGCGAGCGACGACAUCAUCGAGUUGUCCGGAGCUUUCUUUGAAACGGCAGUCUUCUCAGACGGGUUUCUCCCGCUAAAACCAACCGUCCCGGUAGAAAAGAUGCCACGAGAUGUUAUCCGACUAUCCAAGCAAGCUAUGCCCUAUUACGAAGAACUGAAUAAGUUGAAAAUAUGA